AGUGACGGUGGGUGUAGGACCCAGCGCUCGUAAGGAAUGAGCUUUGCUUUUCCAGUGAGACCUUAACAUCGCCCACAGGAGUUUGAGCUAACCGUCAGCCGCAGUUUCCAGAAAUAGUUAGGAUUUAUGUUAUUUUUGCGGUCGGUGGAAGAUGUUGGCAUUUAUGUUUGCCUCCGGGAAUUUUUUACUGGCAACUUAAACGACUUAUUUUUCCCUAGAAACACUAUUCUGUCCCUCAAGGGCUCAUGUUAUUUUCCAUGACAGGUCCUGACGACAAUAUUUGCAAAAAGUAUAUAAAGAUGAUAACCAAUAUAGUUAUAUUGAGCCUGAUCAUUUGCAUUUCUUUAGCUUUCUGGAUUAUGUCUAUGACUGCAAGCACCUAUUAUGGUAAUUUACAGCCUGUUUCUCCUUGGCGUUGGCUGUUUUCUGUUGUUGUUCCUGUUUUGAUCGUCUCUAAUGGCUUUAAAAAAAAAAGUCUAGACCACAGUGGGGCUUUAGGAGGGCUUGUGGUUGGAUUUAUCCUAACCAUUGCAAAUUUCAGCUUUUUUACCUCUUUGCUGAUGUUUUUCCUUUCUUCUUCAAAACUCACUAAAUGGAAGGGAGAAAUAAAGAAGCAUCUAGAUUCAGAAUACAAAGAAGGUGGGCAGAGGAAUUGGGUUCAGGUGUUCUGUAAUGGAGCUGUGCCCACUGAGCUGGCCCUGCUCUACAUGAUAGAAAAUGGCCCCGGGGAAAUCCCAAUAGAUUUUUCCAAGCAGUAUACUGCUUCCUGGAUGUGUUUGUCUCUCCUGGCUGCACUGGCCUGCUCUGCUGGAGACACAUGGGCUUCAGAAGUUGGUCCGGUUCUGAGUAAAAGCCCGCCAAGGCUAAUAACAACCUGGGAAAAAGUUCCAGUUGGGACCAAUGGAGGGGUCACAAUGGUGGGCCUUGCUUCCAGUCUACUUGGUGGCACCUUUGUGGGCAUCACGUACUUCCUUACACAGUUGGUUUUUGUUAAUGAUUUAGACAUUUCUGCUCCCCAGUGGCCAAUUAUUGCAUUUGGGGGUCUGGCUGGAUUACUAGGAUCAAUUGUAGACUCAUAUUUAGGAGCUACAAUGCAGUUUACUGGUUUAGAUGAAAGCACUGGCAUGGUGGUCAGUAGCCCAGCGAAUGACGUGAAGUACAUAGCAGGGAAACCGAUUCUUGAUAACAACGCGGUGAAUCUGUUUUCUUCUGUCCUCAUUGCCCUCUUACUCCCAACUGCUGCUUGGGGGUUUUGGCCCAGGGAGUGAACUUCUUUUCAUUUACAAAGGUUGAAACUGUGGUAAAUUCAGCUACACUUGCAAUCCCAAGUUUCAUCCCUAAGAAGAAUAAUUGUAAUUGGCAAAGAGAAAAUACUGGCUCUUCCCAUAUUCGUUGUGAUGAGAUUCCACAUUUUUCCUCUCAUUAAUUGCCUUGAAACAGCCAACCUCUUUGUAGUGAAAGAUAAGUGUACAUAGAACUUACUUUUAUUUUUCUUCUGCUGAAUAGAGCUUCUUGAGCAAUGAAGCUCUGAUGUCCCUAAAUAUUGCUGUAUGUUGGCCUAAAAGUGUAAUGCCACUUAUGCCAGUUGCCCAAAUUUUAGUUUUGGGUGGUUUAAAUUGAUGUGUGUGGAAGCCUGAAUAAAUAUACUCCUCAUUUCCUCCAUUAUUUGCCAUUUCCAGUUGUGAAAAGUGUGGAGUAUGGUUCUUAGGGAGCUACUCCACAUGUGUUCUUCCUUCCUCAGGGUUAGUAAUGAAAAAAAAAGUAAAUGUCCAUUUCAGAUGACCAUUAGAAUGCAUGAAAAAAAUUAUUUUUAAGUAAAAGCAAAAGAGAUUUAUCUUCUGUCCAUAAAAUGUGCACCUUACUUAUAUUUUAGUUGAUUUUUGAGCAGACAUUAUCUUGAAUUUAAUAUUUUUUAAUGGAUUUUCUAGUUGUCUUUGAAAUUUAUAUAGAAAUCUGUUUUACUUUGGCACCCUGAACAGUUAGAGUCACUGGAAAACUAUCGUAAUUAUUUUUUUAUUUGCUACCUAGAAUUGAUUGGAAGAUGCUAUGAUUUCCUAUUCUGUGCUGAAGUUAUGUUCUCCUGUACAAUAAUAGACUCAACUAAAAUGAAUUCUACUUUUCUGUUUUAUCCUUCACUAUGAUUUACUGUAUGCUAAAGGAGUUUGAAAUGGUGUGGAUUAUUUUGCUGAAAGUAUUUAAAAAUAUUUCUCAUGUGAUUUCCAUACACCCCCCCCCAUACUUUUUUGCAUUGAAAUUGAAACUGAAGAGAGAUUCCAUGAAUAAGCCACCAUUAUUAAGAGUGGAUAAAGCUUAGAUUUCUUUACUGGUGACUCUACUACAGUGAUAAUUGAGAACUGAGUUGAUUCCGGAAGAAAGAAAGAAAAAAACAAACAGUUGACACACUUAAUCCUUAAUCCAGGCAACAGAGAGGGUCUCAAUCAUUGGUUUUCACCUUUGGGUAUACUUUGGAAUCACCUGAGUAUCUUGUCCUGGGCUUCACUUCGAAGGAUUCCAAUUUACCUGUUCUGGGUUAGAGCCUGGGUAUUAGCACUUUUUAAUAAGAGUUCUUGCUGCUGCACAUGAGAAUCAUCUAGAGUGUUUUUUGUUUUUUUAAGAUUUUUUUUUUUUUAAGUAAUCUAUACAUUCAGCGUGAGGCUUGAACUUACAACCUCAAGAUCAAGAGUUGCAUGCUCUACUGACUAAGCCAGCCAGGGGUAGGGCAUUUUUAAAAACACUUGCCAAGGCCCCUCCCUAGAUCAAGUAAAUCAGAGUAUCUGAAGGUGAGGCUCAUGCAUAGGUUAUUUCUAGAAAGCUCUCCAGGAGAUUCAAAUUUUAAACAGGUUGAGAACUACUAAAUCAGAAUGGCCUAAAGCACUAUGCAUAAAAGAAGCUUCAAGAGUGGGACUUUGCAUUUUAUGCAGGCAGUAUUAGUAGCAGUGCUGUAUGCUGUCUUUAUACAGUAAUAUCUUCUAAUAAUUAUACCGUGUCUUAUAGCUACAUCACUUACCAGCUCAUUCCUGUGUUAGUUUUCGAUGCAGCCUGUUUAUUCCUAUAGCUGUUCCAAUAUGCCUUUUCUCUUUUCCUGGUGACGCAUCCUCAUGACAUAUCAUGGAAUAAAAAUAUUUUUUGCAAA